GCGGCUUUUCUCUUCAGAGGCGGGAUCUGUAAACACCUUUUCCGACGUAAGAACAGACAGCAUUUUGAAAGUUUUUCAGAUCUCUUCUGAAAUACUUUGAAAAAAAAGUUGAUGCACCUUUGUAAAAAGAGAUGGGUAUUGAUUUAGAAAAGAUUCAGGAAAGCAUGUGUAUAUAAUAAAUUUCAAAGGUAUUGUGUUUUCCGACAAAGACCUUUGUCUUAUGCCAAGCCUAAUUUUAGGUGAUUAUAAAUAUGGAUAUUGUUUCAUAUCCCGUGUAAUGUCAGUGAAAUUUGAAUAAAGGAUGACUACUCAACUUUACAAAAAAGAUUCUGUUCUCUCCCGAGGUUUUGAAGGUACCGGCGACAAGGGAAUGGACAUUAACACGAAGCAAUACAAAUGAACAAAUACUGCUUUUUGUGCAGUGGAGAAAGAAGUAUUUAAAUACUUCAGUAAGUAAAAUUACAGAGCAACAUGUGCGUAAAGUAUUGUGUUCUUAUGUGGCUAUACGGUCAUUUUUAUUCUAUUAUAAUUCAUGUGUUGAUAAGCUGUCCUAUAAUAUUGUAGGUGGGGUACUUCAUACACUUUUGGUAGUUUAAUCUGGAAGAUUUUAGAAAGAGAUCAUAUGUUAUGUGCUUGAAAUCUUCAAUUCUGAAGAGUUACUCGUGGCUCUUGAAACAAGUGAAGUAAAAAUCCGUUUCUCUGAAAUGACUCUCGGCAAGUCAGUUCGGUGUGAAAGUUAACUCACAGUUUGUGUGCCGUGCCAGGGGAAAUUCUGCCACAGCGUUGGGCAAUCCGCAACGAAGAUAAUAAACAACGCGCACGUCAGCAGAAAGCGGUGCAGGCGCUUUAGGAUCAACCGCAGGGCCAGGUCUCUACCAGCCAAAGAAGUAUAACGUCAGACCACUUCCUGUGUGAAAAACAACGGUAAACAGUGAGUGCAAAUACAGGGCUGGAGCAGAGGCGCCGGAGAGGACGGUCAUCAAGUCGGCUCUGCCACCUCCGUGUCUGAUGACACGUGAGAACAUGCCUCGCUGGACAUUUUUGUUGUUAACGGGCUACAACUGAAAUAUUUGAUGUGUAAACAUCAGCUGUUCAUUAACAGUAUCUUGUGUUUGCCCCUGAAGGUCUCGAGAGCUGCAUUUAGAGCACCAUCCACUUUGAUGAAUACGAUAAUAAUGUAAUUACACCUAUCUUAAGGGUACGACUAAGGAAUCACUGGUUUUGCUUUUAGGAAAAUAAGGUUGGAGUUGGGUUUAGGUUCUCAAGGUUUUGUUUUGCUUUGCUGCUCUUCCUCAUCUAAAGCAGCUCUGCUUGUCUGUUUGCUGCUCUUCCUCAUCUAAAGCAGCUCUGCUUGUCUCUUUGCUGCUCUUCCUCAUCUAAAGCAGCUCUGCUUGUCUCUUUGCUGCUCUUCCUCUUCCUCAUCUAAAGCAGCUCUGCUUGUCUCUUUGCUGCUCUUCCUCUUCCACAUUUAAAGCAGCUCUGCUUGUCUCUUUGCUGCUCUUCCUCAUCUAAAGCAGCUCUGCUUGUCUCUUUGCUGCUCUUCCUCAUCUAAAGCAGCUCUGCUUGUCUGUUUGCUGCUCUUCCUCUUCCUCAUCUAAAGCAGCUCUGCUUGUCUCUGCUCCUCUUCCUCAUCUAAAGCAGCUCUGCUUGUCUCUUUGCUGCUCUUCCUCAUCUAAAGCAGCUCUGCUUGUCUCUUUGCUGCUCUUCCUCAUCUAAAGCAGCUCUGCUUGUCUCUUUGCUGCUCUUCCUCUUCCUCAUCUAAAGCAGCUCUGCUUGUCUCUUUGCUGCUCUUCCACAUUUAAAGCAGCUCUGCUUGUCUCUUUGCUGCUCUUCCAGCUCUGAAGCAGCUCUGCUUGUCUCUUUGCUGCUCUUCCUCAUCUAAAGCAGCUCUGCUUGUCUCUUUGCUGCUCUUCCUCUUCCUCAUCUAAAGCAGCUCUGCUUGUCUCUUUGCUGCUCUUCCACAUUUAAAGCAGCUCUGCUUGUCUCUUUGCUGCUCUUCCACAUUUAAAGCAGCUCUGCUUGUCUCUUUGCUGCUCUUCCAGCUCUGAAGCAGCUCUGCUUGUCUCUUUGCUUUUAUAUUUUAUUUAUAGUUUACAUUAUUAAUUGUACUACUUUUUUGUAUAAAAAGUAUUAGAGGACUUCAACCUCUCACUAUGCCUUCAUUUAAUCCAACUGGAACUACUACAAUUUUGCAUUAUAGAUCACAAUCUGCUGCCAUGAAUUAGAACAAAUACCUUAAAAUAAAGACACUUCCAUAUGAAAUGCAAAUUGUAGAAAUAGUUUUCCUUUGUGUGUCCGACACCUGUGAUGUGUUGUGUUUUUUUCUAUGCUACUGUCACAAAGUGAAUAUCUUUGUGAACAUUAAUAACAAACAAAUCACACAACGGUGUUUUUGUCACUGACAAUUGCAUAAACGGGCGCCACUUUUCUUUUUCAUGUGAUACAAGGUGUGAAAUGCAAGUGUACAACUUGUCCCCACCUAUUUCUUUAGUUGUUGUUUUUUUAAGAGGAAGUGCGACUGUAUCAGAGCAAAGAGACCAGCAGAGCUGCUACAUGCCGAGGUGGAAGAGCAGCAGCCGCCGAGCCGAAACCUCUGACAUGACGUCCAGAGAAUACCUGAUGAGAGUCCUCCUGCUCGUCAGUCUGCUUCUAGCAGUAGUGAGGUGCAGUCAGGAUACGGUGAUGUUGUACAGCACAAUCGGAGGGGACGCCCUCCUGCCGUGCAUCAGCCCGGUCCCCCUCAACUGCGCCUCCAUCACCUGGACCUUCUACCAACAAGGCCCGUGGCGGUACACUGAGGAGGUCAGCGAGGGGCGGGUGAAGGCGGACUCAGACAAGUCUGGCCGCUUGGCCAUCGCACCCAACUGCUCUCUCGCCCUCCGCGGCCUUGUCGUGGACGACGUCGGCUCCUACAACUGCAUGGCGCACGGACAGUCCAUCACGGCGGUUUACGUCUCUCUCCUCGGCGUCACGUCGCCCUCCGCCGUCACCGAGCUGCAGCCCGGAGGACGCCUCGCCCUGAGCUGCAUCCUCUUCACCUACUACGACGCUCUGCUCUGCGUGCCACACGCCACCGAGUUCAACCUCACCUGGGCGGCAGAGGACGGCGCUGUGCUGCGCAACGACACCAGGCACGAGCUGAUCUCCGGCACCAGUUGCAACAUCACACUGGUCAUAGAACUCAAGAGGGAAGACAACAAUAGGAUGUGGAGGUGUCAGGUGAGCGGGCGAGAGAACAGCAGAUCGGCGUUUCUGGACUUCACUUCUCCCUUUGUGUUCCAAAAGCCUCCUUCGUCCUCCAUCGACGAUCCAGUCCAGCUGCCCGUCAGCCGCAUCGCGCUCUGUGUGGCUCUGCCGGUCAUGGUGCUCAUAGUGGGAUUCUUCACAUGGAGACAGGGCCUUAAGCGGGCCAAGGCAUCUGCAUGAACUGACUUUUCAUCACUGCAUCUGUUUUUGUGUUCUUUUUGGGGGGGGCUUUAAGGUGGAUGUCUCUACUUAUUCAAGCCCCACAUCUUCAAGUUAGCAAAUUUACACAGAAACUGGAGAGAUCUGAACAGAGCAGAUAAAUCAACUCAUCUUUUCCUCCUUCCGAUUAUUUAAUUAGCAGAAAGCAGUGCUUGUUGCUGAAAGCAGUGCAGUAGUGUUAUUUGUAACAAAAGUGCGAGUUGUAGUGGCACAAUUGAUAGUAUUAGUAGUGCAGAAUAGGUUUGAGUUAAAAAUAAGAAUGAAGAAACCGUUUUUCUUCUUUAAAAAAAAAAAAUCCUGCCGAAGUGCCUUUGAGCAAGGCGGCUGCUGUAGAAGCUAUGACAAAAUAUAAAGUUGUGUGUCAGUAUUACAUUAGAUUAAAUCUAUGAACAUUUAUUUAUCAAUGUUGAAUUGUAUUCUCUAAAACAGUGCCUUAAAUUGGACCUGUAACAUAUUUAAAUAAAUUCCAUGUAAGAGUAUUACUUAAUUAACCAAAUUACAAAAUCUGGAGUGGAAAUAAUUAGUCUGAAUUGCCAUGUUUUUUUAUUAAUUGUUUAAGUAUUAUUUGGUUCCAAAACCACAAAUAAAGCUCUGGUUGUAGCUUUUUCAAUAUGAAGAUUUUAUACUUUUUUUCUGUUUUGCAUCUUUGUAAAGUGAUUCACUGGGUUUUGGACAGUUUGACAGACAAAACAAAACCUCUAAAGAAGUCACAGGGAAUCAUUUGUUGGACAUUUUUCACAAUUAAUACAUAAUGAUUUAAUUGGAAAAAUAAUGAUCAGUUUGAUAAAUAAGGAAAUUAACUAUUAUUAGCUAAGACUAAUAGCUACAUGUAAAGGUUCACAUUGUUUUCAAGUGAUGCAGAACAUUGUAAGAUUGUCUGAACCUCAGGUAUAAGCAACUAUAUUAAAAAUUGACUAUGAUCCGCCUGCAAAAUAUAAAACUUAAUUCAUAGGGUAGGUUCACAUUUUUGUAUCUAUUUAUUCUAUCUUGAAUAAAAAACAAUAACAA